CUUCUGAAUGAGAUUCCCCAGGGACAGGAUGUGCAAGAUAGAGAAGAGGACAUCGGGAGCAGCUCCUCUCCAUACAGACAGUUGAUGUGGGAGGGCAGAAACAAUGAAAUAAUCUGUAUGAAUUUAGAAAAGAAAUGGAGAUGAGGCGUUAGCUGGAAAAAUGUGUGUGAAUUCAGGGGAGCCAAGGAAACGCUCAGCACCUCAACGACUGAUCUCAAAGAGCAAUCAUGCAGGCAUUGUGUGCAUCAGUUAGUGAAGAACGCAGGAACUGAUUUCUGCCAACAACAGGCUGAGAGGGGAUGCUUUACAAUGGAAAAUGCACCACGCGGACCAAGAACUGAAGAGCCUAUAGAGAGCUCCAUUUACAGAUCCUUCAUUGAAGCUCAUCUUUGCAGUGUGGAGAAUCAAGAUGGUUUUGAGCCUGAGAGGACGUAGGAUGAUGCUACUUGAUACGGUUCCAGCUGUGGAUAUUCCCCAUCUGAAAUCCUGUCCUUUCAUCUGACAGUAUCACAUGAGGAACUUCAGUCCUGAUUUAUGGAGUAGUUUACUUGCUGAUCAUGCUGACUGGUGCGUGAUAGAAUCACACACUAAGGGAACUUUGUGUGGGUUUCUGGCACGCACGCUGGAUGGCGGUGAUGUGAGUGGCAGCCGUGCCGUGACAUGAAGAUUCUGAUGGUUUAAAGAAAAGAGACCAGUUUUCAAAAGAGAGAGGCAAAGGGGGGAGCAGAAAAGGAAAGAGAGAGAAGAAAACAGCUGGAGAAAGGCAAAGGAGGACGUUUGUGGAUGACAGAAGGAUGGGUUUCCAUUUAAUUAAGCAGCUGAGAGGCAUGAGUGUGGUGUUAGUGCUGCUUCCUACUGUGCUGCUUGUGAUGCUCGCGGGGGCUCAGCGAGCUUGCCCCAAGAACUGCAGAUGUGAUGGCAAGAUCGUGUACUGCGAGUCCCAUGCGUUCAGAGACAUCCCUCAGAACAUUUCCGGAGGGUCUCAAGGCUUAUCGUUACGGUACAACAGCAUCCAGAAGCUGAAAUCGAAUCAGUUUGCGGGCCUCAAUCAGCUCAUAUGGCUUUAUCUUGACCAUAAUUACAUCAGCUCCGUGGAUGAGGAUGCGUUUCAGGGCAUCCGCAGGCUGAAGGAAUUAAUUCUGAGCUCCAACAAAAUCACCCAUCUGCACAACAAAACGUUCCACCCCGUCCCCAACCUCCGCAACCUGGACCUGUCCUACAACAAGUUGCAAGUGUUGCAGUCUGAGCAGUUCAAGGGCCUCCGGAAACUCCUGAUCCUGCAUUUGCGGUCCAACUCGCUGAAAACCGUUCCCAUCCGAGUGUUCCAGGACUGCCGGAACCUGGACUUCCUGGAUUUGGGCUACAACCGCCUGCGGAGCUUAUCCCGUAAUGCUUUCGCCGGCCUUUUGAAGUUGACGGAGCUCCACUUGGAGCACAACCAGUUUUCUAAGAUCAAUUUUGCCCACUUCCCACGCCUCUUCAACCUCCGCUCCAUUUAUUUGCAGUGGAAUAGGAUCCGCUCCAUUAGCCAAGGGUUAACGUGGACUUGGAGUUCCUUGCACAACUUGGAUUUAUCAGGAAAUGACAUUACAGGGGUAGAGCCUGGGACCUUCCAGUGCCUCCCCAACCUGCAAAAGCUGAACCUGGAUUCCAACAAACUCACCAACAUCUCUCAGGAGACCAUCAACACGUGGAUCUCGCUCAUCUCCAUCACUCUGUCCGGAAAUAUGUGGGAAUGUACUCGAAGCAUUUGCCCUCUGUUUACUUGGCUUAAGAAUUUCAAGGGAAAUAAGGAAAGCACUAUGAUAUGUGCAGGCCCUAAACACAUCCAGGGUGAAAAAGUGAGCGAUGCUGUGGAAACAUAUAAUAUCUGUGCUGAAAUCCAAGUGGUGGUUACUGAAAGAUCAUACCAGCCACCCAAAACCCCCCAGAGACCUUUCUUCAUUCCCAAACCUACCAUUUCCAAACUGGAAAGCAACCAGCCAACAUCUAUUGUGCCAAGCCCUUCUGCAGAGCUCCCGACACCUGGAGUGGAACCGGAAUACGAGCACGUUUCCUUUCACAAGAUCAUUGCUGGGAGCGUGGCCCUCUUCCUUUCCGUGGCCAUGAUUUUGUUGGUUAUCUACGUGUCCUGGAAGCGUUAUCCAGCCAGCAUGAAACAGCUCCAGCAGCACACGCUCAUGAAGAGGCGUAGGAAAAAGGCCCGAGAGUCUGAAAGGCAAAUGAACUCCCCUUUACAGGAAUAUUACGUGGACUACAAGCCAACAAACUCUGAGACCAUGGAUGUAUCGGUUAAUGGAUCUGGGCCCUGCACGUAUACCAUCUCUGGCUCCAGGGAAUGUGAGGGGCUGCCAGGCUGUGGGGAGAUUUUUUAUGAAGGCUUUGAACUCUCUGCUCCAGCUUUUCUUCAUCCGUCCAAGGUUCCUCACCACAUGAAGACUUUACCCUACUACAGUUACGACCAGCCGGUGAUCGGAUACUGCCAAGCUCAUAAGCCUCUCCAUGUAAAUAAGGGGUACGAUGCCAUGUCCCGGGAGCAGGCUGAGACAACCAACCUGGAACUCAGUCGAGACCACAGCUUCAUAGCUACAAUCGCGCGUUCGGCUGCUCCAGCCAUUUACAUUGAGAGAAUACCAAACUAACAGUGGAGACAACCUCUUCAGGGGCAGAGUGGGAGUUCUUUUGAGGGGGACUUUUCAUCUCAGAAGAGACCAGGGCAAGAAACUCAAAUCUACCAUUCCAGUUACAAAUGUUCCAACAGAGACAAAGGGAAGGGGCUGAAGCAAACUCCGCAGACUGUGCGAGUGCGACCUUGCAGGACCCACUGAGAACUUCAGGAUUUUCUUUGCUUUAAACUUUCAAACAAAUUCCUCAAUGUAAAUAUUAAAGAGAGAUUGUCAAGUUCUUAUUAAAACAAAACAGAGAAAAAAAAAAAUAGAUUUCACUCUAGCUACAUAAAGGGAUGGAUUUAAGAGUUUUGUUUGUAUAUUUGAUUUUUCUACAUUGCACGGUUCCAGGGAAGGAGAACCACAGGUAAAAACAAAGGGGGAGGGCGAGGGCUUGGGUGGGGUGGGUCAACCAUGGUCCCUUCUUCAGUGUUUAUUACUCGGCAAAGAUCUGUUUCAUAUUUUUUGUUCUUUUUAAAGAAACAACAGAUAAAUCUCUAUUUUCUGUUUUUUCUUUUGGGGCUUCGUUUUUUUUUGGUUGGUUUUUGGGGUGUUUUUUUUAGUGGUCGAGCGCUAAUAUUUCAACCUUCAGACAUGGGCAUUAAAGCUUAUGUUGAACCAAAAGGACAUUGGCAAUUGAUGCAGCAGAAACAAAGAAACUUGGGUGCAUGUACAUUUAAGACACAGGCUGUACACUAUGGAGGGUGCUUUUGAUUUUGACUAUCUUCAUUGUGCUUCAUUGUUGACACUAUAAUUCCUUUUCGGGCUCUAAAACAAAAAGGGGAAAACAUGCAACGGAAUAACGACUCCUAUUUACAGUCCAGCGGUGCUUGUUGAGCAAAAUUAAUGGACAUUUGGGAACCAAAAUGGAAGUGCUGUGCUUGGAAUGGAUCAGAAGGAAAAAUCUUUUAAAGCAAAAAGAGUAUCUGGUGCAACUCACUGGCUGACACCAUUUCUAAACCACAGGAGAAUGUGUAACAUUGGUUUUUGGUUUUUUUAAUUAAUUAUUAUGAUCAGUUAGUUUUUGUGUAGUUUUUAUCAAUAAAAUGACAACAGCAACAACAACAAAAGUGGUGGAAAAACAAAAAUAAACAUAUUAUUUUGUGGUUGGGACACCACAGCCAAGCUA